GUGAUGAUCUCCCUAUGGAUAUCUUGUUAGGUGUGUACUACCUCUUAGUUGCACAGCCCUAGUUUGACUAGGACCGAAAAGUGGUCAAGCACACUUUGCCCGGUGGGGUGACCGCCAGAUUACGUAAGUUUAAGGCUAGUAGUCUGAUCGAGUCCUAUGGUUGCAUGUGUACGGUCGCGUUUUACAACUAUUAUAAGCAAAAUUUGGAGGAGGGUAUGUAUCUAGUCUAUGUCUCUGCAGCAGGCGAGUCGGUGAAAAUGCCGCCGGAGAUAGAGGGACUAGUCGCUAAAUACCCUGAUCUAUUCGAAGAGCCGAAAGGGGUUGUCGAGAGGGAGGUCGUCCACGCGAUAGAGAUUAUCCCAGGGUCUAGUAUCUCGAAGGGUAGGAUCUAUCGGAUGUCUCCAGGCGAGCUUGAUGAGCUUCGCCAGCAACUCAAGGAACUCGUAGAGAAGGGUUGGAUCCGACCGAGUGUCUCCCCUUAUGGAUCUCCAGUCCUAUUCCGCGCGAUGAACAGGAUCUUUCAUGACUACUUGGAUAAGUUUGUCAUCGUGUACGUCGAUGACAUACUUAUCUUUAGUAGGACUGUCGAGCAGCAUGUAGCCCACUUAGACAAAGUCCUUAGUCUCCUCAGGCAGCACAAGUUCAAGAUCAACGGUGAGACGUGCGAGUUUGGCCGCACCAGUAUCUUGUACUUGGGUCAUGAGAUUUCCGCAGAGGGAUUGAAGCGCGAUGACGUGAAGGUGGCCAGCAUUCGAGGCUGGCCGCGUCCUCAGUCUGUGACUGAGAUGAGGCCCUUCUUAGGGAUGACCGGCUACUAUCGCAAUUUUGUGAAGAACUAUAGCAUAGUUGUCGCUCCUUUGACGGACCUGACUCGCCUUGACACCCCAUGGGAGUGGACAGACAGGUGCGAGGGUGCUUUCAGACAUCUGAAGCAUGCGCUGACGCAUCAUGAGGUCUUGAAACUUCCUGAUCCUGACAAGCCGUUUAUAGUAGCCACGGAUGCUAGCCAAUAUGGCAUAGGCGCCUAUCUAAAAGGGGAGUACAAUAAAGUUGCUGAUGCGCUGUCACGUAGGCCAGAUUUCUCCGGUGCGCUGAUCACCGAGUUCGGGCUUGCGGACGAUGUUACUCGUUCUUUGGUGGAAGCCUAUCGCGAGGAUCCGUUUAUGGCUGAGAUCAUACGCAGACUCAAGGCGAAGGACAAAGCGUUUUCUGCCGAGUUUGAGUUGGUCAAUGGCCUGCUGUCCCUUGAGAAGGCCAGGAAUAAAUGACAUUUUGGGUAUAAGAAGACUGCGGCCAAUUUGCUGCAGCAGUUCUGGUGGCCCACAAUGGUGAGAGACGCCAAGCUGUACGUGGAGACCUGUCAGGUAUGUCAGAGGGACAACCCACGUACACAGGCCCCUCUUGGGCUUCUCAAGCCCCUUUCGAUACUGGAAAGGCCCGGUGAGAGCCUGUCCAUGGACUUCAUGGACACACUGGUCACCAGCAAGAGUGGAAUGCGGUAUGUCUAUGUCAUUGUGGAUAGGUUUAGCAAGUAUGCUAGGUUAGUCACUAUGCCUGCAACAGCCAAAACGGAGUAUGUGAUUAGACUGUUCAAGGAGAACUGGGUCAGGGACUCUGCGAUUCCCACGUCUAUUGUUAGUGACAGGGAUGUCAGAUUGUGGAAGGCCGCAGCUGCAGAACAGGGUACACAGCUGCAGAUGACCUCCGGGAACCACCCAGAGGCAAAUGACCAAGCAGAGCAACUGAACCGCGCUGUACAGCACCUGUUGCGGCACUACAUCAAGCUCAAUCAGGCGGACUGGGAUGAGAAACUUGCUCUCAUUGCACAGCGCCACUGGGGGGGCUAUAUGGAUCCACACUAUGAGGAGACGAAACAGUUCACGCAGAAAAGUGAUGUGUACAGCUUUGGCAUGGUGCUGCUUGAACUGCUCAGUGGUGUGCCAUAUCACAAGGGUGGCCCGAAAGGUUAUCAAUCUCAUGUCUCAAACUGGGCAGAAGCUGUUGCGCGAGAUUGGCAUCGGCGGGGCCAUUCAGAUUAUUUGAUGGAAGAAGGGGUUGUGCAGCCACAGACUGUGCAGAUCCUGAAGAAGCUAGCUCGAGAAUGCUGUGAAUUGCAGCCGACUAAACGACCAGAGAUGAGCAACAUCGUUAAGCUCAUUCACGGUGAGCUUGCUGCGUUCGGCGAGGCAAUCAGGUACGGUACCAGGUCUGCAGGCUCGGAAAUCAUCAGCACGGCAGAAAUUCCCGGCUUUAGGCUUGGCGGUGUGACCACAAGGUGUUCCGCUCCGGAGAGCCGAUAGUGCUGCUAGGUUUUUUGGGCGACGCAGAGCCUGUCUGCACAUCCAAGUUGAUCCAACCAGUUUCUUUUUUUUUUUUUUUUUUUUUUU